AACGCGGUGUCGUGAAGCGCGCCGCCCCAGCGAAGAUGGCGGCCGAGCUGCAUCCGCGCAGCGGAAAACUCAUCGGGCUGUCUAACUCGAACCGCACGGCGCAGCGAAAUCAGCCGGUUCAGGAGUUUAAUCACGGUCUGGUGCUCAGCCGGGAGCCGCUGCGGGACCGCGAUGUCUUCACGGUUCGGAUCGACAAGAAGGUGAACUCGUGGAGUGGCUCUAUAGAGAUUGGCGUGACGGCGCUGGAUCCGGCCGCUCUCGACUUCCCCAGCAGCGCGACGGGGCUGAAGGGCGGCUCGUGGAUCGUGUCCGGCUGCUCCGUGCUGAAGGACGGACGCUCGGUUCUGGAGGAAUACGGGCGUGACCUGGACCAGCUAGGCGAAGGCGACCGCGUCGGGAUCCAGCGGAACGGCCGGGGAGAGCUGCACCUGUGGGUGAACGGGCAGGACUGUGGUCCGGCGGCCAGCGGGCUGCCCUCGCGCCUGUGGGCUGUAGUGGACCUCUACGGCAAGUGCACCCAGGUCACCGUGGUCAGCUGCGAGCCUCCGGCGGACACAGGGAACGAAGAGCGGGAGGAGUUAGAGGAGGGAGAGGCGGACAGGGCAGCGUCUACGGCGGCGUCUCCGGCUGCUCUCAUGCCGGAUCAUGAGGACAGAACAGGGGGCGUGGCUUUACCCGCCGUUCCUGCUAUAGCUGGCGUGGUGAACGGCUCGGCUGAGGAUGCGCCUGAAGUUACACGAGGACACAGACACGGACGACCGGACAAAUUCCCAAAUAACUUCGAUCCAGACACCGUCCUCACGGAGCACCAGUUAUUUGACGUGUUCAACAACGCCAUCGUGUCACUGUACCGUUCGGAAGACGAGGGUGCAGACGACUCGGGUUUAGGAGGUGUGGGCGGUUCAGGAGGAAGUUCAGACUCCUCCAGAGGGGGAACAGGAAGCAGUAACGGAUCUCGAGAACGAGGAAACGAGAAUGGCGUCGGAGGUCGAGCAGAGGGUGGGGGCAACAACAAUAACAACCUGUCAGGAGGAGGAGGAGGAAGUGGGGCGGGGACGGCGGUAAGCAACAGUGGGAUGACCACCAACGACGCGCUGCUGUUCCAUGAGAAGUGCGGCACGCUGAUUAAACUGAGCAACAACAACAAGACGGCCGAGAGGAGGAGACCGCUGGACGAGUUCAACAAUGGUGUGGUCAUGACCAACCGCCCGCUCAGACACAACGAGAUGUUUGAGAUUCGUAUUGAUAAACUGGUGGAUAAAUGGUCCGGAUCCAUUGAGAUCGGAGUCACGACCCACAACCCCAACAAUCUGGAUUAUCCUGCGACGAUGACCAACUUACGCUCAGGAACCAUCAUGAUGAGCGGCUGUGGGAUUUUGACCAACGGAAAGGGCACACGUAGGGAGUACUGUGAGUUCAGCUUGGAUGAGCUUCAGGAAGGGGAUCAUAUCGGGUUGAUGAGGAAAGCCAGCGGCGCUUUACACUUCUACAUCAACGGCAUUGACCAAGGCGUAGCUGCUAACCAAACCCCGGGUGUGGUGUACGGUGUAGUGGACCUCUAUGGCAUGGCAGUAAAAGUCACCAUCGUCCACAAUCACAACCACAGCGACCGUUUACGGCGCAACAACGCCAUCAUGAGAGCUCUAUCGCCCGAUGUGGGCCGACCCCGACCCGCCCUCUCGCUCACCCCCGACCCAGAAGCUCCGGACCGGCUUCUCUUCCACCCCAACUGUGGGCAGAAAGCGGCCAUCAUCGGCGACGGCAGGACGGCACUGCGACCUCACGCAACAGACGACUUUAAUCACGGAGUUGUGCUCAGCAAUCGCCCACUGCACUCCAAUGAAGUGUUCCAGGUGCGCAUCGACAAGAUGGUGGACAAGUGGGCGGGGUCUAUUGAGAUCGGCGUGACCACGCAUAACCCUGCCUACCUACAGCUACCGUCCACCAUGACCAACCUGCGCUCAGGGACAUGGAUGAUGACGGGGAAUGGAGUAAUGCACAACGGAACCACGAUACUAGACGAGUACGGACACAACCUGGACCGACUAAAAGCUGGAGACACUGUCGGCGUGGUGCGGAAAGAUGAUGGCAGCCUGCACUUCUUCGUGAACGGGGUUCCCCAGGGGCCGGCAGCCUGGAACGUACCGCCCAGUGUUUACGCCGUAGUGGACCUGUACGGUCAGGCGGCUCAGGCAACCAUCAUGGAUGACAUGGCUGACCUUCCUCCUCUCCCAGACGACAGCUCCGAGGGUCCAGUUGCCAUGUCCCCCGGCAGCCCGUGUUCUGUCACCGGAGUCAGUGCGUCCAGUGACCUGCGCUUCCAUCAUCUGCACGGCACCAACGCUGUCAUCACCAAUGGCGGCCGCACAGCUCUCCGACAGAACUGCCGCAGCGAGUUCAACGACGCUAUCGUCAUCUCCAACAGGAACUCUGUGUGUGUUAUCAGGUGCCUUCGUGAUGGUGAGUUGUUUGAGAUUGUGAUUCAGAAGAUGGUGGAUCGCUGGUCAGGAUCAAUAGAGGCAGGAGUGACUGCAAUCAGACCAGAGGAACUGGAGUUCCCCAACACGAUGACGGACAUCGAUUAUGAUACCUGGAUGCUGAGCGGCACUGCGAUCAUGCAGGACGGGAACACCAUGAGGAAUAACUACGGCUGUGAUCUGGACUCCCUGGGGACCGGCUCCAGGAUCGGAAUGAUGCGUUCAGCCUCCGGAGAUCUUCACUACUACAUAAACGGAGUGGACCAGGGCGUGGCGUGUACCGGGUUGCCACCAGGUAAAGACGUGUAUGCUGUGAUUGAUCUGUAUGGUCAGUGUGUUCAGGUGUCCAUCACUAGCUCAUCUGGUCCUCUUGACAACAGCCUGUGUACCAGUAACAUCACAGAGAAGAGUUUCCCAAUACACUCACCAGUGGCAGGAGUGGCUCAUCGUCUGCACAACAAGCACGGGAAGAACGUGGUGCUGCUCGGGGACGGCUGCCAGGCGGUCAGGGUGGGAGGGUAUUCUCACGCCAUCGUGUUUAGUGCAAAGGAGCUCAAGACGGAUGAACUGUUCGAGGUUAAGAUCAACGAGGUCGAUGAGCGGUGGUCCGGAUCGCUCCACAUAGGCUUGACCACCCUGCAGCCCCCAGAACUACCGUCCUGCCCCCUCAGUGGCCUGUCCCCCUCCCUCACUCAGCUCAGGUCGAAGGUCACCUGGCUGCUGGCCGGGUCAGAAGUCAGACGCAACGGCAUGCUGCAGAGACAAAACUUCGGCUGCUCGCUUGACAGACUGACGGUGGGGAACCGAGUGGGUGUGAAGAGAUGCAGCGAUGACACAAUGCACAUUUUUAUCGAUGGAGAGGACAUGGGACCUGCGGCUACCGCUGUGGCUAAGAAUGUAUACGCAGUGCUGGACCUUUAUGGGAAGGUGACGGCCGUGUCCAUUGUCAGCUCCACUCUGGCGGAGGACACAGACAGCGUGAAGGCUUCGUCUCUCUCCUCGGACAGCUGCAGUGAAGGAGAGGACGAGUCCACACCGUGCGAGAGCGAGUCUGCCAUGGUUCCCGUGGCGAUGUCCUUUCUGGAGAAUCAUGGGAAAAAUAUCCAGCUGUCCAAUCAGAACCUGACGGCCGCUCGAGUGUCAAGUUAUAACCAGGGCCUGCUGGUCACAGCACAUGCACUGCCUCGCCAGCAGCUCUUCCAGUUUCAGAUAGACAGACUGAACACGUCGUGGACGUCGUCUCUCUCUCUGGGUGUGAUCGGUCACUCUCCAGAUCGCCUCAACUUCCCUUCCACGGCCUGCUGCCUUAAACGCUCCGUCUGGCUGCUGCAGCGAGACUCCGUCUUCCACAACUCACUGAAGAUCUGUGAGAACUAUGGGCCAAACUUGGACACGUGUCCUGAGGGGACAGUGCUGGGUCUGCUGGUGGACACUAAUGGCUGUCUCCACCUGUAUGUGAAUGGGAUGGACCAGGGCGUGGCAGCGCAGGACAUCCCAAGCCCCUGCUACCCAAUAAUCGACCUGUACGGCCAAUGUGAACAGGUUACCAUAGUGACCAGCCACAUGGAGGCCGUGGGGGCGGAGAGCGGAGACGUGUGCUGCCAAGGUGACAUGGAGAAAGCAGACAUGGUGGACGGGAUAAAGGAGAGUGUGUGCUGGACUCCUCCCCCUGAGGUGAACCCCAACAAGACGUGCGAGUACCAGGCGCUCUGCUCCAGGUUUAAGGAUCUGCUCACUCUGCCUGAUGGUUACUUUAAUGAGGAUGCUAAGUAUAACCUUUGUUACUGUGAGUCCUGCCAUAAGCUGCGUGGUGAUGAGGCUUAUUAUAAACACGGCGAGCCGCCGCGGGACUACGCUCUGCCCUUCGGCUGGUGCCGCUUUGCUCUGCGGAUCAAGCCGCACUGUGACGUAUCAAACACCUAUAAGAAGUGGCACAUCGCGUAUCACGGAACAAGUGUGGGAUCCCUGCGCCGCACACUGGACCACAGCCAGAUUCUACCACCAGACUCAUCACCCGUGUUCUCGGCGACCCCGGUGAAGGUCGAGGGUCACGGCAGCUACAGCGAACCCGAGGAGAACAGCGCCCCCGAGAGGGAGAUCCCCCGUGUGCACCUCUCCCCCACCAUGCGCUACUCCGGCCUCGAGGUCUUCGCCCCUAAAGUGCAAUUCCGAGAUCCUCGCUCACUGCGCUGUCAUCAGGCCCAGGUGGGCUUCCAGGUGUGUGUACGUCCCGGCUCCUACAAGGUCGGCCCUCAGUCUCUGGGCAUCAGCGAGCCGCUGGAUCCCAGAUUCAACAACACGGAGAUCGAGUGGAUCACCAAGGAGAAAGGAGGAACCCUGCUGUACGGCCUGCUCAUCCGUGUGGAGUGAGGGAUAGAGAGAGAGAGACAGAGAGAGAGAGACAGAGAGAGAGGGAGAGAGAGAGCACCGCUGGUACUGCUUCAGAGAAAUGAAGUUAAGCUCUGAUCUCUCCAUUUUUCUUUUUAUUUGAAGGUGGUCUUUUUUUGGGAGACACUUCCUGCA